AUGGGGCACCAUUGCUUCAUUGCUGAUACCACCCGACCACUGACUGAGGAGUCGUUGCAAGAGGCGCUAAGCCGUGCAGACGAUGGUAUCAUUAGGGUGGAGAUCAAGGAAGGGAACCAGAACAACCCACAGAACGGCGGUGACAACCAAGCUGUGAAAAACGAGCAGAAUAUGUCAAAUGACAUGUCAAACGACAUGCCAAAUGACAUGCCAACUGCAUUUGCGGCUGAAAGAUUUCCAAGUGGGUUUGUCGCAGAGGAUGUUGAGGCACAGGCACUUCAACCCUCGGCGCCUCCGCCGCCUCUGGAGCCGCUGUUGGGUGUUUGGCACGGAGCCGCCAAUGCCGUCGUGCAGGAUCCGCCUCCGCUGCACCAACCUCAGCCUGUGCAAGGCGUGGUUCUACCGGAGGUCCCAGAGGUGCCGCAGGUGCCACACGUGCCACAGAUGCCGCAAUCUCAUCCCUGGGACAUGCAGCAAAUCCCACAACUGGGGCACUUGGGGCACCUGGGGCAAUUGGGGCAGCUGAUUUCCCAGAAUCUGCAACAAGCGAAUCAGCAUCUCCAUCAGCAUCUUCAUCAACACCUACAUCGAACCCAUGAACAUUUGCAUCGACACAUGCAGCAACUGCAUACAAAUUUGCACAAUCGUCAGAGAGAGAUGCAUGAAGAAAUGCAUCGCGUGCAUCGCCGCUGUGCUGAAAUGCAUCAGAGAGCACAUUGCCAAGCACAUGCCAACGCGAACUCCUACCGUGCACAAAACCCUCCGCGAGAUGAACGCACUCAUUGGGCGAACACCAUGAAUGUGCAGACCGAGGUGCAGCCCUUGAUUGUGCAACCGCUGGAGAUGAAUCAGCAGCGGCGUCAUAUGAUUGGAGGGAUGAUCACUGGAUCCGGCAGACUCCACAAUUCUGAUCUGGUGCUCGACAAUUGCAUUGUCACAGGAUCCCUAUGCCUUUCUGGCUCGUCACGAGUACUGCUGCGAGGGGGCAUGCUUACUGGAUCCGUGAUGCGUGACGCAAGCUCAAUCUUUGAGAAUCAUGGCGGUAUGCUUACAGGGCAGGUGCUGGAGAUUUGA